UCUGUAAUCUCCGUGCAGUGAGGUAGUAGUUUUCGCACAAACAUCUGACAAGAGACAGCGGUAGAAGAGGGUACUUGUUUUGUUUUUAUUUUUCCCAAUUCUUAUUUUCUUUCUCGGUCCAUUUAUUUUUUGUUUCUCUUUGCGUGGCAUCUCCGGUGGUCCAUCCCCACGCGUAUUCGGGAGGAUUAUUAAAGCGCCCCCACCCUACUCCACACCCCCCUCUCCCGCAAGCGGAGAAGCAGUGGGAAACACUUCAGCGAUCUUGCUAAGUUUUGUUUGGAUGAAUCAGAUGCACAGGGGAAAUACGAAGUUUGGUUUCAACAAUACGGACGAGAAAUUACACGCCUUCGAAAACGGGAUUAUAGCCCUGCGUGGAAAAGCUUGCGGAUUGAAUGUGAGAUUUACUUGAUUGGAAUUCUGGUUUUGAUUCACUUGGCUUGAUCUUGAGCGGAGUCUCUUUGCUUUGCUAAUUAAAACUUGUGUCACCUGGAGAGAAGGUGUCCAGACCGAGGAGAAUUCGCCGUGGACAUCGCAAAGAAAGUAAGGCUCGUGCGCUAACGCCGCUCCACUGUUUACACUGGGUGCUUAUCUUAACUUUUGUUAUGGGCUCUUUGUUGCAGACAAGAUUUGGAAAGCCUUAUCAGUGACAAGGUGAAGAGGCAUCGCCGCGCUAGCGAUUGAGGGCACCGAUUGUCUUUAUUUGCCCACGAGCAUCCAGUUCUUUAAGUGCAAUUCAGUAUGCACUUUGUGAAAUAUCAUUUUAACUUUGCUGGAGACAUUAACACACCUCAGAAGUAGCGUGCUUUUUAAAAUUUCAAAUUCUACACUGCAAAGUACAAUUAAACAAGUGAAAACAUUGCCCACGCUAGCAGACUGACUGGCAGGAUGGGGGAAGCGGCUCCCCCUCAGCCCCCAGCGGGCAGCUUCGUGCCUCUCCUAGGUGGGGUGCCCGGGCCGGGAAACGGUUCUCGCGGGUCAGCGGUACCGCAGCUGCACAGUGCAAUCGUGGAGAGGCUCCGUGCUCGUAUUGAGCUGUGCCGGCGACACCACACAAGCUGCGAGAACCGCUACCAGCGCGGCCAGGCAGAGAGCAGCGACCGGGAGCGGGAGAGCACACUGCAGCUGCUCAACAUUGUCCACCAGGGGCCGGGCAGUCGAAAGACCAAGCACGGCAAAGCAGCGUCCCAACCCCAGCAGGCAUUAGCACCGCCGCCGCAGUCGCAUGAGUUUAACGGAAGGGCCAACGGGGAGCAGAAGCCUCAGCGCCCGGCGGGGGCACCAGAGGAGGAGCACCGGAAUCCUACGCGCAUCGCAGGUUUAUUGAGGAGAAAACUUGAAGGGAAUCCACCACCAGGAUAUAAUUCAAAACCUAAUGGAAUUUCAGAUGCCAGCUUUGUACCUAAUUUUAAGAGAGUGCGAGUGGAUGAGAGCAUUCCUCUUGGUCAUGGUGGAUGUACCUUCAAUAAUGGAGAAUCCCAGACAAUGUCAGGUGCUGGAACAAUGGCCCAUGCCAUACUCAGAAAAGAUGAACGAAUGCUGCCACCCUCUUGUGUAGGUGACAUGUUUAGCCUUACUUUAAAAGAGAUGAAAAAGGAGCCAGGAGAAGUCCAUUCUUGUGUCCAGGCUUCCUCGGACCACAUCAUGACUUUUGACUUCAAGGAUGAACCUGGGUCUGAAAUUGAUCCAGAUCUUCAAGAUUUGUUUGAUGAGCUCACAAAAACUGUUCCAACAAUGAGUGAUUUAGAGUUUGAGAAAAUGCUGAAUACCACUAUCAAACAAGAUGAGCCCUUCAACUCUGAUAUUAGCAGGCAAACACAGGCUUCAUUAUCUAAGCCUUCACCACCACUAGAGAAAAUGGUCAUUAAAACUGAGUACACACCAAGUUUCAGUCAGGCUCCUGUCAUGGUGCCACAACUAAGACCAUCAUCUUCAGGGCCUACUUUUUCUUUAACAAAGAAAUCAAUUUCCCCAUCUCCUGUACUGUCUGUUCCUCAGAAUCAUAACCAAGUUUCACAAGGACCUUCAGGUCCAACUAGGUCUGUAAACAACUGGCCAGAGGUCUCACACUCUGAGCAUCUAAAACAGAUAGCAGCAAGCCAACAGCCAACUGCCAUGCUACAUCAUCGACAACAGCAGCAACCUCAGCAACAGAAUCAAGCUGCAGCAGUUGCAACUAGCUGGGCAUCAACUCUGUCAACACGUUCUUCUCCUGGAUCCUUCAGACAAGAGAAAAAUCCAAGUCCUGCUUCCCUUUGCUCUCAGAGAAUUAGCCCACAGAACUCUAUAAUGACAUCAGUGAGCAACAGCCAUUCCAGAGAGGUGAACAACUGCCUCUUCAAAGUAAACACCAGUGCAAGCUCCAUGGACACUAAAGUCCUCAAUAUAAAGCCUUUGCCUCAUUUUGGAUCAAAGCUUGGCAAUCAAUCAAUGUCAAUGAUGGUGGGCUCACAGGGCAAGUCAAAUGUUUUGUCCUAUACACCACAGCAACAGCAGCAGCAGCCGCCACAAGCCUCUGUUCAGAACCAAUCACACCAUCCAGCUCCUUUCCAAAAUCACACUAUGCCUCAUCUCCCAAAUGUCAACUUGGCUUUGCAACCCAAAGGCUUGCCAGAGAAGAUGCAAAUAAACCUUCAGCCACCAGCACUUCUUUAUAAAAUGGGUCAACACAGACAGCCUCAGCCCUCUCUGAUUCCUGGAUCCCACCCGCCUGCUGACAAUGGCUUCCUGAACACCACUUCUCAGACGCAACAGCAGAUCAACCAUCAGAAAAUUAUGGGAAAGGCACAGGUCCUUCAACGCCAGUUAGCUUUACAGGCACAAAUUAUUGCUGAUCCGGAUAAAAUGAGCCCACAAGAUCAACUAAACAGACAUCUGACAAGACCCCCUCCAGAUUACAAGCAGUCCAGAAGAGGGCCUGCUGGGAUACACUCACCUAGUCAAUAUUCAGGUGGAGGGAGUGGACUUUCAAUUGGUAUAAACUCCAGCCAGUCUCUGACAAAUACUGCCUCCAAUCAGGGUUCUUUGCAGACAAGUUCCUGCCAGAUUGUUAGUCAAGGCACUAAAAUGGUACCUGUGUCUAAUGAUAAAAUGUAUGUUGGCAGUCUUGAUCCACAACAAGGGGCAUUUAAUCUUCCAACUGGGGUGGCAGCCAGCCAGCAACAUGGAAACCAAAACCAGAUAGCAGUGAACCAAAACAACCCCAGGUUUCAAGCUCCUGGUAACCUUGUGGACAGCAUUUCUUUUGUGUCUGCACCAGUGGCCAGUAGUCAGCAUAUGAGACCACCAGUGAAUCAAAAAGCUGCAGGCUUACCAGGACAGAGAUUUGCAAACAUGAUGAUCAGUUCUGGCAUGAUGACAUCUAGUUGGGCUUCAUCUGAAGGAGCCAAGCAGACUCUUACUUCACUAAUAGGGUGUAGAAGAUUUCCAAAUACUUUACAGUCUCAUCAACCUCUGCAAUCUGAAAUGGCCAAUCAGCACUUUGCACAGCAAUCAAUGGCCCCGCCAAAUCAUAUGGACACAAAUGCUGCCAUGCGGACAAUAAACCCAGUGAACCAGACCACACUUGCUUCUGUUCAAGGACCUACACCAAGACCUAAUCAACCAAGAAUGACAGCAAUGCCUACGAUGGGCAGCAUGAACCAGAUGACUCAAUCCCAGAGCAUAACAGCAGGCACAUUUCCUGUCUCCAAUCAUAAUACGCAAAGCUUUUCAGGAAGUAGUCAGAGUAAUGACAUGAGCUUUGAUUUCCUCCAACAAGGUGACAACACUGUGCCAGUAAUCAAUAGUGAUUCAGACUUUAUAGACUCUCUUUUAAAAUCUGGCACAGGCAAUGAUGACUGGAUGAAGGAUAUUAACCUGGAUGAGAUUUUAGGAAGUCACUCCUAAAUGGUAAAAGAUUUGGUUAUAAAGUAUAUGAACAUGAUCAUUUUUGGAAAUCAUGCAGGAAAUCAAAGGGGAAAGGCUGACUUCAAUUGUUGUUGCUAACUGAUGUCAUACACAGUUGAAAUGUCUACAAUAAGCCUUUACAUUUCUUUUUUUUUACACUUUUGUAAUAUUGUAUUAUUUUUUGUAGUAUUAUUAAAACCCAGAAAAUCUGGGAUUGUAACCAAUAGUAAUACAAAAAAACUCAUAAUGUUUUUAUACGAAUAUUAACACAUUCUAGAGAAAUUUUCUUGCCUGGUGUGGCUUAUUACAGGUUACAUUCAGAAUCUGCUAGAAAGACAAACAUCACACUACUCUCUCCUCUUUUUAACCCACAACUUUAGAGUUUGUUGAGGUCAGAUAAAUUCAUGUUAAAGAUGAAUCAGUUUAGCUUACCUGCCUUUCAACUCAAGUGAAACAGAUCUACAUCACUUGGUUGAGUUAAGAACACAUUUGAGGCGCCUUUCACUAUACGUUCACUGGACAUGAAGGAAAGCACUCUGCAAGAACUAUCUCAGACUCCAUUCAUUUUCGAAAUCCACAUUAUUCACUACAAAGGAAGUGAAAGACAGACCCUAUCCAAUCAGCAUCAGGAAUAAGGCUGAACAUCACACUGAGUGAAGUACCAGUCUAUUGUAAAAUAUCAUGUGCUGUAAUUCACUAAGCAAAAAAUCCACUUCAGAAAAAAAAAGAACCAUCUACACUUCAAUUCACAAUACAAUACACUUUCUACACUUUAAAUUAAAAAACAAUAAUACCCUUACAAAAAACGUUAUUCCCUUUUCCAGGCUUUAACAGUGUGGCCCACAAAGUUGAUCAUUCAGUCUGCAUCACUGCUUACUGUGACCUUGAGUACUAAAGCAGUAGUAAUAUAUAAGCAAGUGUGCUGUGCAUUUGAAAUACUAAAAUAAAUGCGUAUAUGUAAUGUGAUGUUGCCAUCCACCACAUUUCAUACACUAGGCCAAACAAUACAUGCCCAAGUUUUCUAGUCUACUAAUUCAUUUCGACUAUUUCUUUUCAGGUACAGUAUGAUGGUCAAUGUUUAAUCAGCAUUAUACUCUUCCUAGAAUUCACACAUAAAAAGUAAGCAAUCAAGCACUGCUAAGAAUAUAGGUUACAGAAGAUUUCAGGUUUCCUGACAACAAGAUAAGUUUCAUAUUCCAUGCUCAAUGAAGUAACUUAGCAUGAUUGGUAAAGCACUGAAUAACCUGAAUUAGGAUCAACCCUCCUUCUAAAUUGUACCACAUAGCAAGAUGUAGUUUAAAAGGAUUGCAUGCCUGCUACUUGUGUGAAAAUGCCACAUUAAAGGGAUUGUUCAAAUCUUGCAUUUUUUGUAAUACAGUCUAAUGUGUCCAGAUCCAAUUGUUAAUUUACUUAGUCACUUAAUCAUAACAGUACAGUAGUUUAAUAUUUAGAGUGCAUAUUGGUGCAGUGUAAAAAAUGCUCUAAACUGAUUUAAAUAACUGUUUGACCUCAUCUAUGCUGCUGGUCUGGACAUCUGGAAAGGGACAAUGUCAGAAAAUGAAAAGAGGUUUUUGCAAAGCAAGAACUUUUAGUUUUUAUUUACUUGAAAUAACCAGUUUAAAUCUGUUUAUAGUGUUUGUGUGUAUUCCACUGAUAUUUUUGUCUGCAUCCAUUUAAAAUGGCAUAUUGAAUAUUAUUAUAUUAAAUUAGAUUAUGAUUUACCAAACAAUUCCAAAUUUUUUAUACUCUAAGUCUGGCUGAACAACCUGCUUGUUUUAUUAAUGCAAAAUUAUGAAAUCAGAUACAUCUGUUUUCCUCAUUAAGGUUGUGUAGUUGGAAAUCUGCCCCACAAAUGUGCAUAUCAUCAGCAGCAAAACGUGACUGAUGUAAGGACUUGAACUUGUACCCCAUGGAGACUGGGCUAACUGCAUUCAAGCAUUGUCCGUGUUUCUAAAAUAACAAUCUUUUACUACAAACAUAUUCAGGAAGUCUCUUCCAGUUUUAGAAGCUGCUCAUGUGAAUGAAUGCAUCUGUGGUUUGUUAAAAAUUGAGCAUUAAAUCCCAUAUUAUAAAUGUCAUCCUAAAUUCAAGCCACUUGCCUAGAUUGAAUUGUACAGAUUUUACUAUUAACAUUAUGUAAAGAUUUGUAAAGUAUGUUUUGAUAAACAAAUCUUAUUCUUCAGAAGAUUAUAUUUAUACUUCUGUGAAUCAAAUGUAGUAAAAUGUUAUAUUUUGUACUGAACUUACAGUAUGUUAUUUCUUUGAGUGUAUUUUGAGUGUUUUGUGUGCAUGUGGAGAAAGUGUGUAUGUGAAUGAAUGUUUGUCAGUGUUUGUCUUUACAGUGUACAGUAUGUAAGAAUUGUUUGAUUAUUAUUGUCAAAUGUCACAUAAAUGUUGUUAAGUCCCAACAUUAAAGCAACUAAAUGUUUUCAACUGAAAAA